AUGGCCAAUCAUGUCGUUACUACGGAAGGCGGCAGGGACAAUGAGAGUCACGAUCGCCACGCCUGUGUUGGAGACACGGUCAAGCAGUCCACGGAAUCCGAUUCACCGAAAUACCUCAGUGGCGACGUCGCUGCCAUCAACGAUUUCAUUGACAAGUUCGAUGUCUUCUUGUUCGACUGCGAUGGUGUGCUAUGGUCUGGAGAUCAUGUCUUCGAGGGUGUUGUCGAGACGUUGGACUUGCUAAGAUCAAGAGGCAAGAAGACGGUGUUCGUGACCAACAACUCAACAAAAUCUCGUCCAGAGUAUAAAAAGAAGUUCGAGGGCUUGGGAAUUCCAGCGGAUGAAGAUGAGAUCUUUGGCUCUGCGUAUUCUUCCGCCAUCUACAUCUCCAGAAUCCUGAAGCUGGCGCCGCCAAAGAACAAGGUCUUUGUGAUCGGCGAGGCAGGCAUCGAGAAGGAGUUGACGACAGAGGACAUCCCAUUCAUCGGUGGUACCGACCCGUAUUUCCGUCGAGAUAUCACGCCAGAAGACUUCACGGGUCUUGCGGACGGAUCUCUGCUCGAUCCCGAGGUCGGCUGCGUGCUCGCGGGCUUGGAUUGGCACAUCAACUACCUGAAGCUAUCGCACGCAUACCAGUAUCUCCGUCGCGGCGCUGUCUUCCUGGCCACAAACGUGGACUCGACCUUCCCCAUGAACCACAACUUCUUCCCCGGCGCAGGGUCCAUCAGCAUCCCGCUGGUCAACAUGACGGGGCAGGAACCCGUGGCGCUCGGAAAGCCCAGCCAGGCCAUGAUGGAUGCCAUCGAGGGCAAGUUCCACCUGGACCGCGCGAGGACGUGCAUGGUAGGAGACCGGCUCAACACCGACAUCAAGUUCGGCAUCGAGGGACGGCUGGGCGGCACACUUGCCGUCCUGACGGGAGUGAGCAAGAAGGAAGACUGGGAGGCGGCGGAUGCGGUUGCCGUACCGUCAUUUUACGUCGACAGGCUAAGUGAUCUAAGAGCUGCUACGCAAUAA